AUGACUCUUUAUCUGUCACUUGUCCCUGAUAUACGUGAAUUAAAUCAGGGUUUCAUUGCCCCAAACCCAGUCGUUAAAGGCUGCCCGGAUGGGGAUAGGAAUCUUAACAUAAAAGUUUAUAUAAGUGCUUUUCUUUCUUCACCUCCUCACCGCUUAAAAUUUGAAGAGCUCGGGUGUUUCCUUGACUUCUCCGACAGGAUCUCUUCAGGAGAGGAUAAAUAUAUUCAGAAAAUGACAGAAAAAUUGUCUUCAACAGCAAGAAUAUGUUUAAAUCCCACAUUCGUUGUAGCAAAAGCUUCAUUUGCUCUUAAGGCUAAUAAAAAAUUUAAUAAAAAGAAGCUGGUAAAAGAAUUUCGAUAUUUUUUUUUGGUGGAAAUUAGAGUCUAUGAUUUAUGGUGA